GGGUCACCCAGCAGCUGAAACACAUUCACGGCGAGCAGCUGAGCAGACUGCACGUCAAACACCAGACUGAGUGUGACCUCCUGGAAGACCUGAGGACUUUUAGCCAGAAACGGGCAUGCGUCGAGCGGGACUACGCCCAGGAAUGAAAGAUGCACCUGUGCUCUGAUCAACUAGCUGCUCUUAUUUGAGGCCGGUGGUGUGCUCCACCUGCAAGCUUCAUCAGCCAAGGCUGGGGAUUGCCAUUCCCAUCACAGAAGAGCUGAAAAUGAGCUCCUCUGUUCGGGCGCGGGUUGGAUCGACUCACGCGUUCUCCCCACAAUGGGCCGGUUUGUCUCGCGGCUCUCCAGCCUUGGCACCAUCAGAUCGGGAGGCAUCACCUCCAACCCGCGACCACAUUACACGGGAUUCAAAGCAAAGGCGACCCCCGUUAAAGUGUCGCACCGCUCGGACCUCGUCUGUCUCUUGCAGCAUUGGUGCAGCACACUAAUAUGGUCUCCGUUUGGUGUCCGCGAAUCACCAAGCCCAAGCAAGUCAAUAAAUAGGCUCUGCACAAGUUGGCCAAUCAGUACCUAAAAAGGGAGUGGCCCGACAGCCUGUGGGAGGAAGCCGAUCGCAGGAAUAUGUACUGCGUAUGGCGGGCUUAUCUGGAGGGGACCAUCCGUGUCACCCGCUCCAAGAUCAGCGCCUGCGACAACUACAAAGCGCAGGUGGCUGAGCCAGCCAAGACUGCCCGGUUGCAGAAGGAGCAGCGGCUGCGUAAGUGUGUUGAGCGGCUGACGAGCAUCCAGGCUGAGCUGCAGGACUCCGUCAGAGAGCUGAGCAAGAGCAGGAAGAAGUACCGGGAGGCGGAGAGCGUGGCGCAGGCCGUGCGGGAGAAGGCCGAGCUGGAAGCCAAGUCUAAGCCGAGCCUCUUCCAGUCCAGAUGGAGUCUACAGAGAGGAACCAUCAAGCUCAGAGCCAAGCGGAGCGAGUGUGACUCUAAAGCCGCGCGCAGCCGCAACGACUACCUGCUUACGCUAGUGGCGGCUAAUGCUCACCAGCGACGCUACUACCACAUCGACCUCGACGACUGCCUCAAGGUGCUGGACGGGAGGAUUUACGAGCAGGUGAAGGAUUAUUUGGUUUCGCUGUGUCAGACGGAACUGGAAAGCAACCAGGCCACGCACGACGUCUUUGACGAGCUCUUAGACCGCUCCGCUGGGGUCCUCCGGGAGUUCCAUCACCAGACGUUUGUGCAGAAGAAUGGCGUUUUCCAAAAAGCGGCUGACUUCUUGUACCAGCCCGUCGACAUGGAUACGGUGACCCAUCUGCUAAAAGAGAGCGGCACGCCAGAGGAGCACGGCCUGGACAAGGAGGCGCGCAAGUGGGCCACUCGGGUGGCCCGAGAGUACAAAAGUAUCAUCUGCACACAACGGGUGUUGGAGGAGUUUGGGGCUCAGGAGAGUUGCGAGCAGGACGUGCCCGUGGAACUAGAGGCCAAGAUGGAAGUGGCGAGGCAGAGUCUGCGGAAGGCUGAGACAGUGAAGACCAAGGCAGAGGCCCGUCUGGACCUGUUGAGGCAGGCGGGUGUCGGCGUGGAAACGUGGCUGAAGAGCGCCAUGAACCAGGUGAUGGAAGAGCUGGAGAACGAGCGCUGGAACAACCUCAGCAGCGCCCAUGAUCUUUCGCUCUCUGGGACAGACGAUUUGGAGGACGAGGGGAACAGCGGCGACGUGCCGGACGACAGCAGCGAUGUGCUGGAUGACAGCAGCUCCAGCCCCUCCGGCACAUUAAAAAACUACCCCCUCACCUGCAAAGUGCUCUACUCAUACAAGGCCUCUCAGCCAGAUGAACUGAGCAUGGAGGAGCAGGAGAUCUUAGAGGUCAUCGACGACGGCGACAUGGAGGACUGGGUCAAGGCCAGAAACCGCAGCGGCCGGGUUGGCUACGUCCCAGAGAAAUACCUGCAGCUGCCGUCCUCCAACAGCCUGCUCAGCAUGUUGCAGUCCCUGGCAGCGCCAGACGCUCGCUCACACUCCUCCGGCAACUCCGUCGAGAGUGAGCUUCCCGGCACCUCUGUUGACGUGUGCGUCGCCAAAGCGCUGUACGACUACGCCGGCCAGACGGACGAUGAGCUAUCCUUCCCCGAGGGCGCCGUCAUCCGCAUCCUGAGCCGGGAGACACGCGAGGACGACGGCUUCUGGAAGGGCGAGUUCAAUGGCGUCGUUGGCGUGUUCCCCGCCGUCCUGGUGGAAGACCUGGCCGGCGGUGCGGGUGCAAACGGACAGAGAGACGCCGGCAACGCCCGGUCUUCCCCUCGCAACCCCUUCCACUCGGGGCCGCUCCUCAGCAGCCCCCCACAAACGCCCACCGCCUCAUCAAACCCCUGCGGUGCCGCCUCGCCCAUCGGAGCGCCACCCGCCUGGCACAAUGGGCACAAGAGCCCCUUUCGCAGUCCGGGACAAGGCUCCCCGCAACCUCCCAAAUACACAGAGAGCGCAUCCAGCACCAUCCGACCUGUCCGUGCUGCUCCACCCCCCCCUACCAAGCAGCACCCACGGGGGCAGGUGAAGCGGCGAGAGGAGGUCGAGAUCACACUGGUCUGAAGCGGAGAUGGGACGCCCCCUCGAGGAUGCCUCACAUGGCCAGUGGAAGAAAAAACAAGGGUGGCUUUCUCCCCGUCAAGCGUCUCCAUUUUGAUGACGAAACUCUUUUGUCUCAUAAGAGAAAAUUGUCACCUUGCAUUAAGAAUGGGAGUGUGAGGCUGGCCCGGUCCCCCCAGCUCGAACUCUAAAAGAAGGGAAAAGUGGCAAUGAUGCUAGGAAGCUUUUUUUUUUUUUUUUUUUUUUUUUUUAAACGCAAAACUCCCUGUUUAAAUUGCACUCCGUUUAAAAGCAAUGCAAUGUUUCUGAACUACCUUUCGUUCGUCUCUGAUGGGGCAAUUUUGCUGGGUCUACGUGAAAAUUGCCUUUGUUCAGAAAUGGAGGGAGCGACCCUUUCUUCGUGUGUGUCACAUAAUGAAACACUUUUGUAUGUCGUCAAUAUUUUGAUUGUCAACAUUUCUCCUGUAGUUUGUUGCUAUUUGGCCUGAAAUAGCCACCAGUGUGAGAAGUGAUUGGCGUUUGCAAUCUUUACAGAGAGCUCCAGAAUAUUCGCAACAGCGUUUUACAAUUAGAAAAAACACAAUAAAGCUUAGUUCCACUCCAUCUGCAUGGUGAGUAAAAAAGGACUCGUUCAGCCGCGUUGCUGCUUGCUCAUUGAUCUUCUUGAGAUCUGUAUGACAUCAAACUUAUUUUUGAAGUUUGCAUUUACCCUCCUGUAUUGGAAUCAGGGCAAAAAAGACAAGUGUCUUUUCCCUGUUUCGAGAUGUUAACAGACUACUUCAAGCACGUUUUGUUCCGCCGUGUUAGCGCUGCAAGUGUCCCAUUUACACAAGUGGAUGUUUAAGAUAUUUAUUGUGUACAAAUAAAUGUCAAGUGCGUCAA